AGAAAUUUCCCCUUUCUUCCAAUACAUUUGCCUUUAAAUAAAUAAGUAACAACAACAACCAUAUUACCAAUAGCAUACACUAUAGAGAUAGAGAAAGCUAACGAUGAAUAAUAAUAAUAAUCUUCACUUUGUUUUGGUUCAUGGGGCUGGCCAUGGUGCCUGGUGUUGGUUCAAACUUCUCAGCCUUCUCCGCUCGGCCGGCCACCAUGCUACUGCCAUCGACCUUGCCAGCGCCGGUACCGACCCGACCAAGUUGGAUGAUGUGGCAUCUAUAGAGGAGUAUGUUGAGCCGUUGAUGGAGUUUAUUGAAGUUCUUCCUCUACAACAAAAAGUGGUUCUUGUAGGACAUAGCUAUGGCGGAUUGUCGAUCUCUUUGGCUAUGGAAAAAUUCGCACAUCGGAUUCUUGUUUCUGUUUUUGUUACUGCUUAUAUGCCUCACUUCCUUUACUCUCCGGCUACUUUAUUACAAAAAUUAUUUAAGAGCCUUUCGGUGGAGACUUUGAUGGAUUGUGAAUUUAAAUUUGGCGAUGAUCCAGAAAUGCCAACUUCUGUUGUUUAUGGUCACAACUUUUUGAGAGAAAAGUUAUAUAAGAAUUGUUCCCAGGAGGAUAUAGAGUUGGGGAAAUUGCUGGUGAGGCCAUUCAAGAUGUUUUUCGAGGAUUUAUCCAAGGAAUCCGUUGUAACCGAAGCGAAAUAUGGGUCGGUUAAUAGGGUUUUUGUGUUCUGUGAAGGAGAUGAAGUUAUGGAGGGUAGAUUCCAAAGGUUGAUGAUAGAAGAAGUUCCACCAAAAGCUGUGAAAUAUAUUUAUGGAGGAGGCCAUAUGGUUAUGCUCUCAAAACCCACCCAACUUUAUCAACAUUUGGUUGAAGUUGCUGAAAGUUUUAAUUCAACAAAUCAAUGUAAUGACGACCAUGAUCAAGUCUUUAGUAACCUUUGAUAUAUAAACUAGCUGUGUCCUUAAUUAAUAUCCCUUUAGUUACAACUUCCCUACCAAAUAAAGAUGGUGCGAGCAAUAUAAUUCUCAGAAAAAAAAAAUCAAGAAAUUUCAAUUGCUAAGCAAAUAUUUAUAAAUUAAA